AUGUCGGCUCCUGUAGUACAUUACGAGUUCCAUGUUAAGUUAAAACCCUUUCACCAGGAACUUACGAAGUUCCCUGUUCUCUUCUUGUUUGGUGAGGUACAUUAUCUCGUGCACAUUAAUGAAGGACUGAUGGAAUUCAGAAGAGCAAUAGAGCCGCUCAUAAUAAAAAAACUUGCUCAAAUUCCUUUUGGCGAUUCAUUGCUUGAUCACAUUCAAGAUUUCAAAGAUAUCUUGACCGGGGUGGACAUCCCUGAAAUUGAACAAUCAAAGAUAAUAGAUGAAAUUGCAGCGAAGGCUCUUGACAUAAAUACUUACAGUGGUACCUUCAUGUCCGUUGAAAUAGUUGCUGUUAAAAGUGAUUUAGAGAAGAUAUUGCAAGAGAGGAGAGGCACUUAA